AUGGUCUCGUCAACAAUCUACUAUCUCAAUUAUGUCAGCAAACAAAUCAGUCUUUAUGUUGCCUCAUUCUUCUAUCUUUCUGGUAUUAUCAGCAAUCUUCUCUGCCUGAUCAUCUUUCUCUCGAUGAAACGUUUAAAAAAUAAUCCACCGUCCAUUUAUCUUCUCGUCGCAUCCAUCGCAAAUCUCGUACUAAUGAACACUUCAUUUCUUUCUCGAAUUUUCUUACCGAACUUUGCGAUCGACCCAUCCUCAACAUCGGUAGUUUGGUGCAAAAUGCGUCAAUACUUCGGACAUGUGUCGGCUAUCACCUCUCUAUUCUGUUCUACUUGGGCUAUGGUUGAUCAGUACCUAUUAACAUCACAACACGCUCGCCUUCGGCAACUUUCUUCAGUGCGAAUUGCUCAUUUCACAGUCUGGUUUACUCUCAUCUGCUCACUGUUACAUAGCAUACCGUUAAUCAUCUACAACCAACCGAAUGUUUCCAGAAGUACUAAUAUGACUACAUGUUCGCUUUCUGGUAAUCUGAUUUAUCAAAGCUACGUCGCAUAUUUCGUCAUACCGUUUCUGAUUGGUAUACUUCCUACUGUAAUAGCACUUAUCUUUGCUAUUUUAACAUAUAUUAAUGUGAAAUCUCUUCAUCAACAAGAAAUGCGAACGCGGAUUCAACGACAAAUCACGCACAUGGUCAGCGCUCAAGCCAUAUUCGGUUGGAUUGGUAUGAUUGCAUAUACAGGACAAACAAUUUAUAAUCUUUUGACUGUAUCGAUGCAAAAGGAUACUUCUUACCGAGCGUAUGAAAAUUUUGCCCUGACAAUCACUGGUAUAUUUGCGUACACCGGUUAUGUAUUCAAUUUUUAUGUAUAUGUAGCCGUUUCUCCGUCGAUUCGAAAACGCUUUCAGCGAUGGAUGAAAAGAUUCGUUUGCUGUUCUAAUUAUCAUAAUCAUGGUGCGAUGUUCAUCAAUCGAACUGCUCCGGCUUAUCACAAUCGCAAGACUUGCGGUUCGUCACGAUGA